GUUCCUCCCAGGAGUCGAUGCAGGGCAGCUCUGACGAGACGGCCAACAGUGUGGAGGAGGGCAGCAGCGGGCCGGGCAGCAGCAGCGGCCGCAGCGAAGCCUCCAGCAACGAGGCCGCCUCCUCCAGAGCCAGCCAAUCAGCAGGGAGCCCCGGCAGCGAGAUGCACUCUGACGACAUGGCCGACAGCGAGGCCCUCAAAGAGGAGGAAGAGGAGGAGGAGGAUGACGACGAGGAAGACGACGAGGACGACGAGGACGAUGAUGACGAUGACGACGAAGACGAGGGGAAUCGGUCGGCUGCUGAAGGCGGGAAUCAUCAAAAAGAACAGAGGGAGCAGACUGAGUCCAGGAAGAGGAAGGCGGGGGAGGCUCUUGGUGAAGGCACGAGCCAGGGGGCGGGGCCUAGCGGUUCAGGAGGCGGGGCCAAAUCGAAAAACCUCCCUUUCAACCCGGAAGCUUCUUCUGCUGCCGUCAUGGCGUCUGCGUCUCUGGAGGGCCGGAUGAGGAUGCUGGACGCUUGUUCUGCGUCUGCGUCGGCUCGGCCCGAUGUGACGGAGCCUCAGCAGCCGGAGAUCGGACCCUCUCAGAUGGUUCAGGGUCCUCAGGGUUCUCAGGAGCCUCCAUGUCUGCCUCGGGGGCCCGGGGACUUCCUGGGGGACGCCAUGGGCAACGAGAUCUUCAACUGCCGGCGCUUUAUUGGCCCCCAGCACCACCACCAUCACCAUCAUCACCACCACCACCAUGAAGGUCCGAUGGUGGAGGACAUGCUGAGCGCUGACGAUGUGUCCUGCAGCAGCUCUCAGGUCAGCGCCAAGUCGGAGAAGAACAUGGCCGACUUCGAUGGAGAGGAGUCGGGCUGCGAGGAGGAGCUGGUGCAGAUCAACUCCCACGCUGAGCUCAGCUCUCACCUCCAGCAGCACCUCCCCAACCUCGCCUCCAUCUACCACGAGCACCUGGUGCAAGGGCCAGCCGUCCAUAAGCACCAGUUCUCCAACAGCCACGCUGUGACCGACAUCAACCUGGACAACGUCUGCAAGAAGGGAAACACUCUGCUGUGGGACCUGGUGCAGGACGACGACGCGAUCCAUCUGUCUGAGGGUCUGAUCAACGAAGCGGAGAAGCUGCUCUGUUCUCUCGUCUGCUGGUUCACUGACAGACAGAUCCGGAUGCGCUUCAUCGAGGGUUGCCUUGACAACCUGGCUCACCACAGGUCUGUCGUUGUUUCCCUGCGUCUACUACCCAAGCUUUUCGGCACUUUUCAGCAGUUUGGCUCCAGCUACGACACUCACUGGAUCACCAUGUGGGCAGAGAAGGAGCUGCACAUGAUGAAGCUGUUCUUCGAUAACCUGCAGCACUACAUCCAGGAAGUCCGGGAACACCGGCACAAGUUUGCACUGUACAGCCACAGUGCGGAGGUCCAGGUCCGUCUGCAGUUCCUCACCUGCGUCUUCUCCACACUGGGAUCACCCGACCACUUCAGUAAGAUUUAACGUUUUAUAUUCCUCACUGAUUAACACCAGUCUCUCCACAAUGAAAGUAAACGGUACAUCAAAAGGUGUUAAGU